UAUACUAGCUAGUGCUAAGCAUUACUAUUACGCAAAGAAAAAUGUUAAGCAGAAUGGCAUUGGAUGAACUUUUCGACCUCGACAUGGCUUUGACUAUACCAGAGCCUGAAAUUUCUGUCUGUAACAAUAACAGCCACAUGAAACCAAUGACGGAUGUUUCUUUCGCCCAAAUUGUUCGUGAAAUGCCUGCAGUUGACGUGGUUGGUAACGUUUGUACAGUGUGCAUGGAAAGUUUCGAAUCGAGUGUUGCUGCCAAACAAGUCGCUUGUGGGCAUGUUUUCCAUUCAUAUUGUCUUACCAACUGGCUUUCCCUUCACAACUCUUGCCCUCUUUGCCGGUUUCAAGUCACUGUCAGCCAGCAAAUACCUCUAUUGUUAGAAAUUUGUGGUAUCUCAAAAGGUGCGCAGGGAGACAGACUUGAUUCAUAGCUACAUUCUCAGAGACUACAUAGCAGAGCUCCACUUCAUUCGGAGCUACAGCUUUUGGGUACUUAUUAUUUUGUGUAUAAAAUCAUGGGCAGAGCGGGGUCCUGUCCCUCUUAUGUGAUUUGUUAUACUCUUCUUAGAGGCUCGUAGACAUGUGUAUAUGGUUAGAUAUGUCUGGCCUUGUCGGUCUAUGUUUUGUGUAUCGUUUUGAUAGCCUUGUCGGCUCAUGUACAUUGACAUGGUAUAGAUGCCAACCAUGAUAUGAAAUCAUUGUCGUCUGAUGGUACUAGCACGAAUGAUGAAUAGAAAUGUAUGUUUAAUUAUGUGGCU